AUGCCUCCUCUCAACACUUCUCGUCCGUCUCCUGUCACCUUUUUGCUGAUGGGCAUCCCAGGACUGGAGCACCUGCAUGUGUGGAUUGGGAUUCCAUUCUGCUCUAUGUAUGUGGUGGCUGUCGUGGGGAAUGUCACCAUCCUGGCCGUGGUGAGGGCAGAACGCAGCCUCCACGAGCCCAUGUUCCUCUUUCUGUGCAUGCUCUCAGUCACUGACCUGGUCCUCUCCACAUCCACAUUGCCCCGCAUGCUCUGCCUCUUCUGGCUCGGAGCCCAUGACAUCGCCUUUGAUGCAUGUCUGGCCCAAAUGUUCUUCAUCCACAGCUUUACUGCCAUGGAGUCAGGCUUCUUCCUGGCCAUGGCCAUUGACCGCUAUGUGGCCAUCUGUGACCCACUGCGCCUCACCACCUUUCUUACUCACACUCGAAUCAACAUCAUGGGUAUCAUCGUGGUGGUUCGGGGCAUAGCUUUCUUUUCUCCACGCCCCAUCCUGCUCAAGCAGCUGCCCUACUGCAGGACACGAAUCAUUGCCCACACCUACUGUGAGUUCAUGGCUGUGGUGAAGCUGGCUUGUGCAGACACAGGGUCCACCAAGCGUUACAGCCUCAGUAUGGCUUCCAUCAUCGGUUCCUGUGAUGCUGUCCUCAUUGCUGUAUCCUAUGCCUUCAUCCUCUGCUCUGUGUUCCACCUGCCAUCCCGAGAAGCUAGCUUUAAGGCUUUGGGCACGUGUGGCUCCCAUGUCUGUGUCAUUCUUGUUUUCUAUUCCACAGCUGGAUUUUCCAUUUUCACUCACCGUUUUGGGAAAAAUGUGCCAGCUCAUGUUCAUAUUUUUAUUGCAAAUAUGUACAUUUUGGUGCCCCCUUUUCUCAACCCCAUCGUGUAUGGAGUAAGGACCAAGAAAAUACGUGAUCAUGUUUUCAGAACACUAAGGAUCAAUGUUGCUUGA